AUGAAAAUACAGCUACUGCUUGCGUUUGCCACGCUGUUUCAAUGGUUUUGUAUGGCAUUGAGAUACGACAAGCUGCUAGAAGAGUCGAGGAAAAAUUUCGGUAAUGUUAUUGAGCUGACAGAUACAAAUUACAAGCGCAUACUUGGAACACCACGGGAUUCGUACAUUCUAGUGUUCCUUACAGCGUCAGCUCCUCAGGUUGGCUGCUCGAUUUGUUUGGAGGCGGCAGAUGAGUUCAAGAUGAUUGCAAACUCGUGGUUCAAGGACCAUCCAGAUGCGGUUUCCAAGAAAGGCCGCGAGGCGAAAAGCCUGUUCUUCGCGAAAUCUGACUUGAAGGAUCCGCAACAUAUUCCUCAGAUCUUCCAAUUUUACUCUUUGCAGCAUGUGCCACGUCUGUUCCUGUUCGCUCCUGGCGGAGAUAUGCAGAGUUACCAGAUCAUCGAUCUGGCAGGAAACGCAGGUAAAGACCGCGCCCUGCAGCUGAUCAGCUCGUUGAAAGCAGAGACCAAGAUCGAGGACUUUGUACUCCAUUUGCCCGUCGACUGGUCGUUAUCCAUUGCCGUUGCGUUUGUCACCUUUACUGUGGUGUACCUUUUCAAGAGACACUCGGAGCUCAUGUCAAGGCUUUUCAGCUUGAGACCUCUGUGGGCUGUUUCGUGGACAUUUUUCGUUAUCCUGAUGCUCGGGGGCUACAUGUACAAUAACAUCAGAAACGCACAACUUGCAGGUGUUGGAUCCAAAGGUGAGAUAAUGUAUUUCCUGCCGGGUCAAUCCCAGCAUCAAUUCAAGAUUGAAACGCAGGUUGUAGGUGUAAUAUACGCCUCGUUGACAGCAUCUCUGUUAGCUCUCAUUGUUGGUAUUCCAAAAUUGCGCGACCAUUACCAGGGGUCUUCAUCGAUGACAUUGCUUGAGGUGGCUUCGAAUAUCUUGUUAGCGGCGAUCGUCUACGCCUUCUUCGCCGGUCUCACUUCUGUUUUCAGUAUCAAACAGCCGGGAUAUCCUUUUCAAUUGAUGAAACUCUCUUCACUUUUCAAAUGA